UUUGUUUCAUUUUACGGUGCUUUCCUAAACACGUCAAUAGAGGUUGCAUUCUCUUGAUUUGAGCAAUCCUCCGUUUCAAACCCGUGAUUCAAACGUUCUUUUAGAUUCGCUAAAUUUCUACGAUUGAAGAGACAAACAUUACAUUUGUAAGCUAUUUCACAAGUCAUGAUCAUCAGGCGCUGUGUUGUUUUACUUCAUCUGUUAAUGUUGAUAAAUGAAGUGUCUCUGCAGGUCACCGUUGAGGGUGUCAUUGGAGGUUCUGUUGUUUUACCUUGUUCUUCUAAAGAACCUCAGCUUACAACUGAAGACAUUACAGUGAAUUGGAAACACCACGACAGUCUGAAUGUGUAUGCCAUUAUUAAGGGUAAAGUCUCUGUGGAAGGACAGGACCCAAAGUACAAGAACAGAACUGAAAGCUUCCCUGAGGAGUAUCGGACAGGAAACUUCUCACUCAAACUCAAUGAUCUUCAACACAGUGAUGCAGGAAAGUAUCAGUGCUACAUUAUAGAUGAAUCAACAAUUGAAACUGUGGAGCUACUUAUCAAAGUGCCUCUGCAGGUCUUGAUUGUGGGUUAUGUUGGAGAUUCUGUGGUUUUACCUUGUUCUUCUGAGCUAAACACUGCUGAAGGCAUUACAGUGCACUGGAGACACAAUGACAGUCUGAAAGUCUAUGACAUUAUUAAGGGUAAGGUUUCUGUGGAAGAGCAGGAUUCAGCAUAUGAGAACCGAACUGAAAGCUUUCCUCAGGCGUAUAAGACUGGAAACUUCUCCCUCAAACUCAACAACCUUCAGUACAAUGAUACAGGAAACUACAUGUGCCACAUCACCAAUGAAUUACUCAUUUACAGCAUGGAGCUACUCGUCAAAGAUGAAAAAGACCAAGGAACACAAUCAAGAACAGAGAAGAUCGUAACUUUAGUGGCUUUGCUUUCUGUUUUCAUUCUGCUCUGUAUUUAAGUAUAUUGACCAGAGAAGCAGUUUGUCUUCUUAUUACAGUAUCUGCAUUAGCUUAUAGUGUGUUUCUCUGUGGUGGAAUGAGUUUCCAAACUCAACCUGAUCUGCUGAGACCAUCACAACCUUCA